AAACUGAUUUUAAACAGUUGCACUUUCUAAGCUGUUCUACAACUGACAGUUCAAAAGCGCUCUGUUCAUAACAGUGCCGCAUGCUGUUAACCUCACAAGUGCUGUUAUAAAAAAGUAAACAACAUAAAUUACAUAAACUAUCAUGUCCGGCACCGUGGCACGUAGCAGCUACAAGCUAUUUGUGGGAAAUCUACCAUGGACCAUUAGCAGCAAAGAGCUGCGCACCUAUUUCUCCCGAUUCGGCCAUGUGGCCAACGCAGAAGUCAUCUUCGACAAACAGCUGGGCCUCUCCAAAUAUUAUGGAUUCGUGAUUUUCAGCCAGCGGGAUGCGUUCAACAGUGCCAGCAAUCAGAACACACACUUCCUCGAGGGACGUGUGCUCAACGUGCAACGUGCGAACGAACCCAGCUCUGACACAAAAUAAAUACCAAAUAAAUGCAAAACUAAAUUAUAAGUAAUCAACUCGCUGUUUACGAAUUUGAAGCUGCGAUAUGGCAGCGCCAAUGCUGCACUGCCACAUCGUUGAAAACAGUCUAACCGGAUCAAGGUUGUAAUGGAACUCAUUGCAAAUAAAAUGUUGAUUCACUGUUGAACGUACAAAUGUAAUAUAGUAAGAAGAGUACAGGUAUAAAGAAAAAUAAUUAAGUCGCAGCUUAUUCAAUGUAUCUCAAGCUGUGUAUCUAGCAACGCCAAUGUCGAAAACAUCUCGUUUCAUAACAGCACUGCCACAUCGUUGAAAACAGUGCAACCGGAUCAAGAUUAUAGGGAAACUUAAGAUUUAAAAUACAGUUUGUUUUAUUCA